AUGGUUAGGGAAUGCAAUCCCGGUACCAAUCCCGGUACCAGUACCGGAAAAUCUCAAUCCCGAAUCCCGAAGUUGCAAAUAGGACCAGAAACAAAACACAAAUUGUUAUUCGAGAAAAUUACCCAUCGUGGUCCGAAAACGUUUCAAGGACUUGUCGAAAUAUGUAAAGGCAAUUUUGUUGAAGCUGCAAGUCUACUGCAACGCAAAUCGUCGCGACACAUCGCAAUAACUAAUUCCGAUGAUAAUGAUGAUGACGAUGGAACAAUCAGUAUACGAGGAAAGAGGCGUGAAGGCGAAGAGAAGAAAGACAAAAGAAAAAACCGAGAUAAGCAGAAUGACGCACAGCUGUCGCCCGAUGCAAGGCCACAAUCGAACGUUGAUAUAACCGAUAAAUCGGUUAGUCAUGGUACUAAUGCGGAGAGGAAUGUGAAAUUAGAAAUUUUCACAAAAGAAGUACAGCCCACGAAAUUAGCCAUCAGUGUUACCAAGUCAAAGAAGUACCAUACUCACAAGUCGCUAGCCACAUAUGACAUAAAAUCACGGCACAGAGGUGUGUUCGUUCUAGUGAAUAUCAUCAAUUUCCAUAAAAAGGAUCCGAGGAAUGGUGCUUCGGUUGAUAGAGAUAAUCUCAUUACAUUGUUUCGUGGCAUGGAAUUCAAAAUCUUUUACAACGAAGAUAUAACCAGUACGGAAUUCCACGCACUAGUCGAUGAAUUGAUUGUCUCAAAACACCUGAGACAGACGGAUAGUUUGGUGUUCGCCGUGCUGACACACGGUGAAUUUCAAAAGGGGAAGCAAUAUAACGAAUUUACCGAUGGUAGCCUAACAACCGUCCAAGAUAUUUUAGAGAAAUUCAACAACAUCAACUGCAGAAGUUUGGUGGGAAAGCCGAAAAUCUUCUUAUUUCCCAUGUGUAGGUAA